CAUGCAGGCGCCAACGCAUACAGCCAUUUUCGCGUUGGGUUCCAUUUGUAAUGUCACAUUGCCCAAUAAAGUCAAUACACUAGGCUGCAAGUCGCUGCAAGGCCCUUGAUCCUGGACAUGGCUAGCUUGUUUGAGCAUAGAUUGACGCCCACCGCCUGCUGAUGCAAACCAACAAAUGCAUUCCUUUCCAUCGCAGCCGAGCACAUCCACUUCAGCCUGCGCCCCUCCUCGUGUUCCUCUCUCUCCUCUGCCACGGGAAGAUUAUUGUUUCUUCCCAAGUUUUCCGGAAGCAUUCGCUGUUUGGAAGAAUUUUCUUCGUGCUCUAAUUAUCUUAUUAAAAGAUAAUUAUUUCGGAUUCUAAAAUUUCCUCUUUUUUCUAAUUUUUCUACGUUUAUUUUGCUGUGAAAUCCGGCUCACUUGUCCUUUUCUGCCUUUGUUCUUCUUAUGGGACUUUCGUAAUACCGCUAGUGGUACGAAAGAUAUUUCAGGCGACACCAAGACUGCGCCAGCAGUCUUGGUAUCAGCAGAUAUUGCCGUUUCAAGUUUAGUGUCUUUACAUAGAUCAAGCUGAUGCAUAAUUCUUGCUGCGGCCCAGAGUUGAAACCGGUCUUGGGAUGCCAACUUUGCCCAUGAGCCCAGAAUUCCCAUCUUUCUCCCCCUUUUGUCGCCAUCUUCCAUCUUUGUUCGUCGCCUCUUUCCCUCUCUCUCCACUUUCAAUCGUCCACUCUGUUACCAUAUCACAAAGUUUCCAACACGACUCAUGCUCAUAUAAACGAAAAUACAAAUUCAAAAUGGCGACCCUCAAAGCGUACAUUAUUAUAUAGGGUGCCACCCCAUUCUACUUGCCCUUCUCUUGUCUUCAUGAUGAGCGCGGUUGAAAGGGGCCUUAUGAGGGCUUCCAGUAUGACGACCAGUCCGAGAUUAUCUACUAAGCGAGAAUCGACACCACCCUCCGUCGUCUCCGAUCCAGCACUCCUCCAUAUCCAUGAUCGUUUACAUCAACUAGAUGCCAAAGUAAUCGAACUCCGUUCCUCUAUCUUGACCCCCGAUGAAUAUGUCGACCGACGAAACCGCCAGGAUGAGUUCAUCCGGCGAGAGUUCGACGGGCAACGCCAGGUUUGCAGCCGUAUUGAGCUGAACGUUGGAAGAACGAAAAGUGACGUUACCCAACUGAAGGAUGGGUUAACGCAGUUGAAGUCAGAAAUGCUACAGCUAAGAACUCAUGUCACCCAACUUGGCUCGAAGGAAGCAUUUCUCCAGAGUGAUAUCACCCAACUCCAAAGUGAUGUCAACCAACUUCAACUCGAUGUCCAAAAACUACAUGCCGAUGUUUGCGCUACCCGUACCGAUCUCAGCCAAAUCCAGUCUAUCGUAAGCCAGCUUCGCAUCGAUUUAAUGACUCUGCGGAGAGAGACAUCCCAAAACUUCGGGCUGGUUUUCUCUCGAUUCUCGGCGAUGGAAUCGCGGAUGAAACACAUGGAACGCACCAGGUUCAACUCUCUCGCCCAGACGAUACAUGCCCCUAUAACGCCAGUCCCUCUUGUCGAAGAUGACGGUUCCGUUCGCUGGCCCGAAUAUUUCCCCCCAACAGUUUGGAAAUUUUGGUGUUUGAAGAAAAGAAACAGGGUCCAUCGACUCGUCGAGCUUGCCGAUUUUUACGAGCUGGAAGGAUACCAGUAUUGGGGUCGUAUGCCUCAUGCCCAUGAUGCUACUUUCGCCACAGAUGGCAAUAUGAGCGACUCGAGCGAUUCGAGCGACCUGCCAUCAGACCUCACCCGCGCAGAAGCAGCCCGAGAAUAUCCAGAAGCUUGCCAUCAGGCGUUAGCCGCCACUCUCGGUCUGGUCUAUUACAAGAUCCGAAACGAAGUCGGCGAAGGUCCUCUGGGACAUCACGUUCCAGCGGCCCACAAACGUCUGCAGGACGAAGUUGGAUCGAUCAAUUCUUCAUCAAGACAAAAACCAGCCAAACUCUCCCGUCGCUCUAAUGAGAGCUCACCGACCAACUUACGCAUCCACACCGGUGCCGCCCUCGAUGCGAAGUCCAUCGUUUCUGAGGGACUGGAUAAGCUAGGUUGGAAUGUUCACGCGUCACAGAUGUCCGAUGACACGAUGAGUAAACUGAAGGGAAUCGUAUCCGAUGAAGUCAACACCAUCCUGCUCCACGCAUUGGAACGCGGCCGGAUUCGGCUGAAACCCAAUGCCUUCGAACGUCACCAACAAUCGCCCACAAACUCUUCCAGACUUAGCAUUCGUGCCAGGCCCAACUUCGAUGAAUUUGCAGCACCACAUGACGAUGAUAUGGCUACUAUUGCCAACACUAUUCCAACCGAAAUCAUUUCGCCUCGAUCUUCCGGGGAGGAUGGACGUUGGAUUCCAGGGAAGAUGUCGGAAACGCCCAGUCCCUAGGGGUGUCUCCAUCGCGUGGUUCUCGCGUCUAUAUAUCUUCCUUGGACUCCAAAGUCAUUUUCUCAGAUCAAUAUUGCAUGCUUGCUUUUCCCCAUAGGAACCAUAUCUUCCUAUUCACGAGCGCUUCUUACUCUUCUACGUCCGCUACCGAUCAAUACAUUCCUACCAUACUACGGUGAUCAAAUCUGGUUCCAUUCCUUCGUUUCCACUGCUUCGCGUGUCGUUUCCCUAUCGAUUCGACGGGCACUUUUGGUUAACGAGGGUAAAACAACUGGGAAAGGACGGCGUUUUGGACAACCAAGCACAAUGGGCGCGUCAACUAGCAUCGUCCGUUUCACGUUUGAUAACUGCAUUUCACUGGUGUUUUCGGGGUCACCUUCUUACAACAUUUAUCUGGCGCUCUGUUUAUAUCUAUUUUUUUUUCCAGCUUUUUAUUCAUGCCCACCUUCAUGUCCAACAUACCACUUCAUGUCCAACGUACCCCAUCCUUCACACUACUACCCUUAACACCCGCCUACUUACUACACCUUUCUGUCUUACUCUGCUCUCGCAUUCUAUUCUCGGCUUCCUAUUUAUUACAUUCUUAGCGCAGAUAUAUCCAUCCCCUAACAAUGCAAAUACAAAUAUAAAUUAUAACAAAAUCCUUGUGUGUAUUCAUUUUUCAUUAAGAGUCUACAGAGCGAGAUAGGGUAGAGUUGAAAAAGUGGUGAACAAUUUUGAUUAACCCCUUAUUCCCAUGAUAUUCACGUGACCAUAUAGCCCUAAUUCAAUUUUC